GCCACCGGCUUUCUGAAGUCCCUCAGUUUCAAAAGUUGGUGGUCAUGUCAUUAGUUUCCUCCAGUCUGCUCCACCCGAAAGUUUUCUGUUAACAAUCCUGUGUCCUCUUGCGGGGAAAUGAUCACCUGAGUCACAGAGCUUCCAGUCUCAUUCAGAUUUUCGUAUUAGAAGAGUUUCAUUAGCUUCGAAGACACGGCAGGAGAAAAUAAAGAGAAAUCUGCGUCUGUCAGACAUGGUCGGACAAACCGAGUAACUUGCAUGACCAGUUAUUGUCCUCAACAAUGAGGCGUUUACAAUUAUUCGCCUGUGUGUUCUUGAAGGCUGUGAUCUUACUGUGUGCCACUGUAAAGGUUUCACAUACACAAGAAUGCACGUAUUGUAACUAUAAAGCUUCCAUCACCACUACGGAAAUCACAAUAAACGCAGGAGAUACCACAUGCUAUGUUCACAAUACCACCUUCAACCAGACGGGGACAAAUAUAGUCGUGAGUGGACUGACGCCAGGAACCACAUACUCCUUAACUAUCAACUGCACCAAUGACUGCUGCGCCAACUUCACAACACAAGCGGUCAGUCCUACUGUCACGCACAUCAACACAACAACCGUGAAUGUCACCUGGGCAGGGUAUCCUGUUACAAAUACAUCAGUCACCACACGCCCACAGGUCAUCCUCGACUUAACAAUCGUUUUGGUCACGUCUGAAUCCGUGUCUCUUAGCUGGGACAAAGGGGAGGGCAAAAGUCCCUUCUUUAGAGUGCUUUGGGAAAAUAAAGAGAAUGGUGUGAACGGAAGCAAAAGCACCAGUAACACCUCUGCCGUGGUAGCAGGACUGAGCUCAAGCACUAAAUAUGAAUUCUGGGUCAGAUCAGUUGCAGCUGAUAACCUGACUGUUGGUGACGCUUCAGACCCCAAGCCAGUGACAACCAACCCAGGAGUGCCUACAAACAUCGAGGCCAUCGAUCAGGGGAACAGCUCUUUGAACGUGUCCUGGAGCAGGCCCGAGGGCAGUGUGACAGAGUAUGUGGUGUACCUCGGUGGGCAGAACAAAAGCACAACGUCGCCACCGGUGCUGUUUGAAAAUCUCAGACCUGGAACGGUAUACAGAUGCAAUGUGACUUCAGUUCUUGGAUCAGCAAGGACCCCCUCAGACACAGUUGAGUUGGCUACCGAGCCCAACCCACCAGAAGCUGUCAGCAUCGCUGACAGGACCAACACUUCCUUGUCACUCACAUGGAACACUCCUCUCCUGAUGAGUGGAGUCACACCACUCUCUUACAAUGCAUCAUACUCUUCUAGCUCAUCGCAGGUGGUGCAGGUCACUGAAGCGGGCACCUCUGUUACACUGUCCAGUUUAUCCUCGGGGACAGAGUACAGCAUCAACGUGUCGACCAUAGGAGCUCUAGGCCUGAGGAGCAGCAUUGUCUCUCUGACUGAAUACACUUUGCCCAACUCUGUGGGGAACCUUCGUUGCCGUUCUGUGUCCACCAGUUUGCUGGAACUGGAAUGGGACAGUCCUCUUGGCUAUCAGAGUUACUACUCAUACAGGGUCCAAACAAUCUCUCCCACGCAGACGGACCAGAAUGUGCCUGGAAACACUGCUAACUUGACAGGCCUUCAACCUGCAACUGCAUAUAACUUCAGUGUCACAACCACUAUACCUGAUCUCCAAGGGCUGCCUGCAUAUAUUUUGUGCUAUACAAAACCAAAGAGUGUAGACAAUCUCGUUGCACAGUUUGUCAGCACAACCCAGAUUCUCCUCACGUGGAGUCACCCAGACGAUAAAGGGAUUUACACAUAUGAAGCACUGCUUGUACAUGCGCAGGGCCAGAGCAAAAGCACCUCUGACAACAGCACAACCUUUGAGAACCUGGAACCUGGCACCGAUUACACAUUCAGUGUCACCACCAAAGCCUAUGGCGAGACAUCUGAGCCCUCUGUAGCCUCCUCAUUCACAAACGUUGGGAAAGCAACAGGCCUGACUGCGAUUGGAACCAACUCAACCAUGGCAGUCAACUGGGUCAAACCCAGUGGGAAUGUAAAGAUGUACAUAAUCACCAUAAAACAAAAGGAAACUCUGAUCCAAAAUGUGAGCCAGAAGAACAAUCAGGAGGUGGUUUUCGAAAACCUGCGGCCGGGCAAAAACUACACAAUCACCGUGACAACCAAAAGUGGACCAUUCCAGGAGGUGUCAGAUAUGGUCAAGAAUGCCACAUAUCCCAACCCUCCGAGGGAGCUGCAAGUUGAGCAAUACACCAACAGCUCCAUACGUCUGAAGUGGGAGAGGCCUCUAGAUAUGGAUGUGGGAGAGUACAGCUUUACUGUGUCCUAUGAAAACACUCAAAGUCUGACUAAGGAUGACAAUAUCACCGUGAAUAACCUGCUCUCAGGCACUCAGUACAGCUUCACAGUGAAGACUGUGGGUGCACUUGGCUAUGAGAGCACAGCGGUCACAACCCAGCAGUACACCAAACCCAACUCUGUGAGUGAGCUGACCUGGCUGAACAUCAGUAUGGAGACUGUGACGGUGGAGUGGACUCAAAGUGACGCUAAGGAAGGCUACUCUUACCGGGUGGAUGUUUCUUAUCCCAACGGGACGCAGAUUAAGCAGCUCAACGUCUCUGACACCAGUGCAACAGUAGGGGGACUGCAGUCUGGAGGGAGGUACAAUGUCACUGUCACCACUCAAACUGCAGGUGGCACUCACGCUCCAGCCAAAUCCAUCACCGCGCUCACAAAACCCUACCCCAUCACUGGGUUAGUAGCCAUCACACAAAAUGACUCUGCUGUAUUCCUGAACUGGACCAGACCCAUAGACUUCCCUCCAGAGGGGUCUUACUACAUAACUACCAACUGCAGCAAGGCCCAGCCUAACCUGACAGUGGAGGCAGAAGCCAUCUACAUCACAGGGCUGAGCCCAGGCAUCUCCUGCUUCUCUACUGUUUAUAGCCAGGUCAAUGACAUCGCUGGAGACGCCGUCAGCAUCUCAUACAGCACAAAGCCUCCUAAAGUCUCUCCUGAAGUCACGCAUGUCGACACAAAUGGCAUCAAUGUGACAUGGACCCCCGUGAAGGGUGUUGACAAGUACAUUGUCUCCUUGGCCACUGCUGGAGUCACCAUUCGGACUGUUAACAUUAGCAACAAUGAGAGCACAAAUCAAAAUUUGUCACUUGCGUUUUCACACCUGCUGCCCGCCACCAUCUAUACGGUCACCAUUACGACAGUCAGUGGUUCCUUCAGUGAGCCGUCAGAUCCAGUUACCAAAGCAACCUAUCCUACCCAGCCUGGAGAAAUAAGAAUCAUAGACAAAACCACAGGCUCUAUCACACUGUCAUGGGGAAGUGCUCCAAACAUGACCAAUGCCAACUUCAGUUACAUUGUCAGGUAUGAAACUGGAGCUCAUAGCAAUGAAACCAUGACCACAAACACCACCCGGCUCCUGUCCGGCCUGAAUUCUGGAACUUCCUACAACAUCUCUGUGUCAACCAUUGGUCCGAUGGACCUCAAGAGUGAACCGGUGUACCUGUACUAUGUGACGACAAAACCCGAGAGUGUAACAUCUCUGACCGUGUCCACAACAUCCACAAACAGCAUCACAGUUCAGUGGACCCCCCCCUCUGACGUCAAGGAUGGAUAUAAGUAUAGGGUCAGUGGCACCAAUGGAGGAGCCACUAACACCACCCAGCUAAAUGAAUACACUUUCAGCGGUUUAAGUGCAGGAACUAAAUACACCUUUAGCGUUCAGACCCUCACUGGUGAUGGCACAGCAGGAGCUCUAGUGAAUACAUCUGACUGCACAGCUGCAUCGGUGGUGUCUAAGUUAGACUGUUAUGGGCCCAACCGGACUGAUGCCAUGCUGAGCCUAACAUGGGCUAACCCUCCUGGCUCAAAUAUGGGGUUUGAAAUCGAGCUGGGAAACUCCAAGCAGUUCAUUCACACAUGUAACCCCAGUUGCUCCUUUAACUUCUCUGGUCUGGACUACAACACCCUGUAUACUGUUGCCAUCUUGACCACUGGCUGUGGAAAGAACAGCUCUGUUAAAAGCAUAUCCUGCAAGACUGGCAUUACAGUCCCUCCUAAGACCAGCACUGAAGGCAGUGUGAUGGCGACUGACAUAGAGUUCGACAAGUUCACUCUUCAGCUGAACCCCAGCCUCUUCAACGACACCCACGGCCCUGUAGUCAGUUAUGCCAUCCUUUUGACCUCAGAUCUUGGGUCAUUAAGUGGAGGGCCAACCCAAUACCUGACCAAGACCUUUUCAGACUGGACAGCAGGACAGACCGACACAUACCUAGCUGUUGGUCAGGAAUUCCCGUCUACAAGUCGCAGCUCAGAUACGAUCUCAGUGGUGAUAGGAGAUGGGUCUCAGUGGCAGGGAUAUGUAAACGGGCCACUCAAUGCAAAGGGGACGUACAGAUAUGCCGUUGUCAUCUUCACCCAGAUGAAACUAGACAAUGGACUAAUUUCAGCAACAGACUCAUACUUUUCAAUCACAGAGUUUCACACGACAACAGUAUAUCUACCUGAAAAUCCAGCUGUCAUUGGUGGAGCCAUAGGAGGUGCUGUUGCAGCAGUGGUCUUUCUCCUCAUCAUCACUAUGAUUUUUGUUGUCGGCUUACGGAGGAAGAAAAAUAAAGAGGACACUCCAGGAGUGCCCAUCCACUCCAUAAGAAACAAAGUAAGUGAACCUAUAAAGGUGGAGGAUUAUGAAGCUCACUACAGGAGGCAAAGAGCAGACUCCUUCUGUGGCUUCGCAGAGGAAUUUGAGGACCUGAAGCCUGUGGGUAUUGCUCAGGCAAAGAGCAGUGCUUUAGCCCCUGAAAACAGAGCAAAGAACCGCUACAACAAUGUGCUACCCUAUGAUAACUCACGGGUCAAGAUGUCUGUCCAUGGCAGUUUGUUUGAUGAUUACAUCAAUGCCAGCAACAUGCCUGGUUAUAACUCCCGUAAGGAGUUUAUCGCGGCCCAGGGCCCCUUGCCUGGUACAGUGAAUGAUUUCUGGAGGAUGAUCUGGGAGAAGAACGUUCACACGGUGGUCAUGCUGACCAGAUGCAAUGAGCAAGGACGGGUGAAAUGUGAGGAGUACUGGCCAGCUGAGUCUAAACAUUUCAGCAAUAUAACUGUGACCACGACUUCUGAAUUUCCUCUGGAGGACUGGACCAUUCGGGACUUUGAUGUCAAAAAUAUGAAGACGGCAGAGACGCGUGCCGUGCGGCACUUCCACUUCACAGCCUGGCCAGACCACGGCGUGCCGGAGACCACUGAACUGCUCAUCAACUUCAGACACCUGGUGCGGGAGCACAUGGACCAGUACUCCCGCCACUCCCCCACCAUGGUGCACUGCAGUGCUGGUGUGGGACGUACUGGGACAUUCAUUGCCAUCGAUCGGCUCAUCUUCCAGAUAGAGCGAGAUGGGCUGGUUGAUAUCUAUGGAAUCAUCCAUGACCUCCGAAUGCACCGAACGCUUAUGGUACAAACUGAGGACCAGUAUGUGUUCCUGAAUCAGUGUGCCAUAGACAUUAUCAGGUCAAGGACGGGCACCAACGUGGAUUUAAUCUAUCAGAACACCGCUGCCCUCACUAUUUAUGAAAACUUUGAACCCAUGAAGAAGUCCAAAAAUGGAUACCACAAAGCCUAGGUGUCACAGCCCCUGAGCAAGCUUGGCUGUCUCUGUGACACCGCUGAAGUACCAGUUGAAUUAUUUCUUAUCUAUUGUCUUAAUUUCCAUAGAAGGGAUUUUCAUUUAAAUAUUCAUUUAUAUAUUUAUUUAACUGUAAGUAUGAAUGUGCAGUUCUUGAAGGAAUUGCACCGUUUCAAUACAUAAAGACCACUUAUGUUUUCUUAGCUUGUUUUGAUCAUUUCUAUGAACCAGGUACUAUCAGUGUAAUUUCUUGUACUGUUAUGUAGUUUACACACUGUAUUGAUACUGUAGAUGUAUUAGGUGUGCUAUACUUCAGACUUUCAAAAUGAUUUAUUUUUAUAUAUGUUAAAAAUAAUUAAUUUGUCUCAUUUUAUUUGUGCAAUACAUCAUGUCAUCCAAAUAUAAAUAUGCAAAAGUUUUAUUUUGGUUAAUAUAUAUCGCACUCAGGACAUCAUUUAUUAUAUGCUUUAGGUUGUGCAUAAAUGCUGAUCUUUAAGGAUGCUGUUAAAUAUUUAAACAGAUUUAAAUGCUAUAUUUGAAUGUAUUUUUUAUAGACUAUGAUAUUGUUGCUCAAAUAUGAGCACUUUCUUACAUUCUAUCGGUUACUUUCCUCUUACUGUAGCCCUGCCCCACCCUCACCCUACAUGCACUGAAAGCCUUCUUUAUUCUGUUCUUGUUGGAGGUGGUGCAGGCCACGCAACCUUUAUUUGGGUUACCUCACAAUAUAAUGCAUUUAGUUAUAAAGACAACUGUUUUCCCUAUCAAGCACAAGUUAAAACAAUGAUGGAUCAUAUAUAAAAAUGUGACAUUUUACCUACAUGCUUAGGUAUACUUUGAUACAUUCCACUGCCAUAUUGUAACAUUAUUUCAAUCAUCAUUUCAUUGUCCGUCAUUUCAAAUGGUAAUUUGUUAUUUCGAAGUAAUUUCUUACUUUCUCUUCCUUACCGUGAGAACAUGCUUUUGUCACAUUUUCAAAAAAGGGAUCUUAAUUUUAUUAGGGAAGGAAGGGUUGUAAUUUUGUAUGCACUAUGCCUGUGACUACUGUAUGUUUUGUAAUUACCAACAUCUUUGUAUAAAUGUGUGUGUGUGUGUGUGUGUGUGCUUGUUCCAUAAAAAUGUAAUUGAAA